GUGUCUCUAUAAGCUUCAUAAAAUAGCAAAUCCGAUCUGAUUGUUGAUGACAAGCUGACAACUUCAAGAUUUUGUAAUUCCACAGUAUCAUAUUUUUCUAAUAUAAUUUAAAUAAAGAAGAGCUACAUAAUAAUUUAUAAAGCCAUUAUGAAUCAUUGCUGGAAAGAUGAAGCAAUAGAUCUGGUUAGACGCCCUUUAGCUGAGACUGGGCAGAAUGGAAGAAAUGAAGAAAAUGGUAACUCACAGUUAGUUGAAAGUAAAGGACAUCGGUUGCAAGCUCAAAUUGAAAUGAUUCAUCGAGUUUUGAUUCAAAGUGGAGAUCUUUCCAAGUUACGAGAACUGUCAGCCCGUACUUUAUACACAGGCAGCUGGAAACAUGAUGUACUUUCUCUUUGUAAAGAGGCUGUUCGGACGCAACCUGAAAUCUAUUAUGAGCCAAUCUACAGUGCUGUUAAAAAUAUAGCUAUGAGUAAAAUUAGCAAAGAAGCGAGACAAGAAAUUAUAGCUGAAGUAAAGAAUUGUUUUCUGAAAGCUUAUAGAAUUGAUAAUUCUCAAAUGAUGUCAAUAAAAAAGGAUGAAAUAUGACUAAAUAUAUGAUGUCUGUGGCAGCUAAUGGCUUAACAAGAUUGGUUUUGUCUGUUAUUGUCUUAGUGUUUAAUGAAAUUGGAAACAUUUUGUACUGUCAUAUAUUUGUAAGUUUAUUGUGAUUUGUAUAGACUCUUCUGUGUCAAGGCUUAUUAUUUUUUGUGUUGUGUAAUAAUUAAACAUCUUUUCCAUCUUUUGUAGUAAUAAAAUAUUUUCUCUAUUCAA